AUGCGCGUGGCCCAGGCCCGUGUGAUCCAGGCACGUGUGAUCCAGCUGUGCAUCGUCCCGGUGUGCACAUUCCAGCUGUGCAUUGUCCAGGCCUGUGCACGGUCCAGCUGUGCAUGGCCCAGGCACGUGUGAUCCAGCUGCGCACGGUCCAGCUGUGCACGGUCCAGCUGUGCAUGGCCCAGGCACGUGUGA